GCCCCUUCCCAGAUACUGAGCUUUUUGUUCGGCAUCUUAUGUUUUCAUUAGGAAACUCGGCGCAACCAAGUCACCGAGGGAAGGAUAAGGGAGCAACGGAGCCAGCGCAGGGCAAAGAGGGAGAGGGGAAGGAAGAGUUGUGCAGGAGAAGAAAUCAUUUUGUUUUCAGUCUGGUUCUGAAUUAGAGGAGACUUUGGGAGAUUUGUGCCUUUUCUCUCACACAGUCCCCACUCUUCGUCACCAGCUGCUCGCCAGAUAUCAACCAUGACCUGUCCCUUCACCUCCUCAGUUGGACUCCUGUUCCUUCUGAUUGGCUACGCUGCUGCAGGACCUGGACCUGAACCUGAACUGCGGCCUCGGGCGGUGCGUUCAAGUGCCUGUCAAGAGCACACAAACCUUCACAACCGCCUGGAUGUAGUGGAGAAGAAAGUGGAGGACACGGUUGAGAAGUUGGAGGUUGAGCUGGCUGCUCUUCUGGAUGCCAUUGAAGCCCCAGAGUGGCGUCCCCUGUUGGACAACACAGGGAAGACAGCUGUGGACAUCCUGGAAGACCCUGGGCAGUUAAACCAACCAGGCAACGGGGGUGUAACGGCGAUUCAAGAACCCUUUUGAACAUAGACUUCGAAGGAUCCAAUCCUUGUCCGUGAUUUAAACACAAGAAAGUAAUCUGUCUGUAUGCAUAAACUGUAUCUGUAGCAAAAUUAAGUUUGUAUCCUAAACGAGGAGGCACAAGGAGGCCAAGCUUGUCUGCAUUAUUUACUCUUCCUAAUCCUGUGACAGACUUGUCUCUUUCCCAGUCAUAGCUUCAGUCCUAGAUUCUUUGCCCUGCAGUCAACAGUGGUACGGCUCAUGUUUACAAUGCUAUUCAAAGAGAUGCAUUCACUUUAGGACGCCUCUGCUCAGUCACUUCAUACCCCUGCUCUUCAUCGCCCUCCUCUGUCUGCAGACAAACUGUUGGAAAUGACAAAGACACCGAGACACAAAAUUACUGGAAGGAGAUUUAUUUCUUUAUCAAAGCAGUUAAAGCAGCAUUUUUUUUUUUCAAACAAACGGAGCAGUUUCAGUUGGUACAGAAACAAGGCUUUUCACUGAUUCUCCGUCAAAAAUUCCUGCAGCACAAGAACAUUAUGCAAAAUAGGAUCAAGAGGAGGAAAAGAGUGGCAAAAAUCACAUUUUAUUCGUAUCGAUUUCUUUUUCUCAACAGGGCACUGAGAUUCAAACUGUAUCCACAGAGUUAAGACAUCUACAGUAUGAUACGCCUCGAGAGCAUCCAUCACAAAACGGCUGAAUAGGAGACAUGCUGUUGCUGGUCAUACACUAGCACAAUGCCUUUUUUUUUUAAACACCUAACAGCAUCCAGAACAUUAACACAUGAAGAAACAUGUCAGGAAGGUUUGCAAGCACGGUCCAAUUAGAAAUGAUCACUGAUAUCAAGGAACAAAUGCCAAAACUGGAGAUUAGUAAUGCAACUUAGAGAAAGGCUACAGUACACUUAAAUGGACUGUCAAAAUCAGUUAUCCAUUUACAAAUGAUUAACUUACUGUAUAAUUACACAUCCACUUCAGGUCUAUGUUGAUUCUGAUGGUGUGUCGACUGAUUUAAUGAGUCUUAGAAAUAACUGAGCUUUCUUUUUCCACAAAUGAAACAUUCAGUGUUUUAAUAAUGCAGCAAAUUCUGUGUUGGGGUAAAGUAAAAACCUGCCCCAGUUCCAAAUAAACUUCCUUUGCUGCACAGUCAAUAACGCAACACUUAACCCACAACGGAGCAUCACUACAUAACUGCUGACCUCAUUCCACUCAUCCAGCAAAGGUACGAGCCUGUAUACUUGAACAAAGCAUUAAGACAACCUACAGGAUGCCAAAAGGUACUGCAUAUCAUCUAAAAAUAUCAUGCCGUCCAUAUAACACUGGGAUUAUACGAUUUUGUACAGUUUAAAGUUCACAAAACUCACUGUCCAGAAACAGUCACGCAGGCCAGUUAUACUCUGAUUUGGACUGUGUCUAUAAUCAGGUGAGCUAUUACCAAAAGCUUGUGCAUGCACAAAUCAGCCAGUAGGGCUCAAGCUCCAGGCUUUGGCAAAAACCGGCUUAUAAUUGUAAGGGUACAUGCAAAAUAAGCGCAGGGCUCGAGACUAUUAAAUUCAUCAUAUAUUUUGGCAGACUUGGAAGAUGCCACUUUAUAUCCCUUUAAAGAAGCUUCUUAAUCUAAUCAUAAUGUCUAGUGUUUAAAGAAAUUCUUCAACAUUUUGGGAAAUACGCUUAUUUGCUUUCUUUCUGAGAGUGACAUGAGAAGAUGGCGACCACUCUCAUGUUCUGUGCAUUAAGUAUGAAGCUGUGGCUAGGAGGCAGUUAGCCUAGCUUAGCAUAAAGACUGGAAGCAGAGCAACCACUUCAAACUACAAGACCAGGGGCCACAUGGCCGACAGAGGAAGCCAAGCUAGCACGUUUGCUAGCAAGCUAAUCUGCUGAUCCAUUGUCCGUCGGAACUAUUACUACCACUGCUAAGAAAAUUAAUUUACAGAAAAACUAAUUAGUGACAUUACUCGUUACUUAGCCAAGGUAAAUUUAAAGGUGCCUUCAAACGACUCAAAACUGAUAGUUAGCUGCUAACUUAAUGUUAGCCCCGGUGUCUGCCCGCAGGACUGGUGAUUCCUGAAUGUGAAUUUGGCUAACAUUAGCAAGCCAGCUAAGAACACACAACAUGUUACUAAGAAAACUUUGGAAUAUACACAUACACAUUUCUCCUCUUGGUUGAGGUGAACUUCCUCACCACCACCCCUCCCUGUACCAAGCUACAUACUGGUCUGUCAACUGAACGUAGAGAGACCAAACUGAGAUGAUCCCUCCAUUAUCAAACUACCGCAGGACAGUGAACAAGCCCAUGCCUUUAUUGUUAAAUUAUUAUUAGGCUACAAUGCUACAAUGUAGCUACGAUCACAAUGUAGAUCACAAUUUGCUGUGUAUUUGUUAAUGCUAUAUCAUGAGUUUUUAUUAAAAAUGUAUAAUGGUGACACUA